GCUGGUGGCAUUCUUGAAGCGAUCAAAGUCUCGCAGUGACGCAAGAGUUUUCUUCCUUCCACUUUUGAGUCCCCUCGAACUCACUGUAGAUGCCAGGAUACAAGCUGGGCCUGUGACCACGUACGGACCAGUUCACCAUGUCAAACCGAAGAGUCAAAAACAUUGUCGACUACGAGGAAGACUCGGACGUCGACUCCGAUUACUGGGACAGUGGAGGCGAAGGCUACGACACAUGGGCCGACGAUAUCACCGAGGAGGACAAAGCUCAGUUGCGCGAGGGAACUAUCAAGGUGAAAAAUAUUCUCGGCCCACAAUACCAGGUGUCCGAGCAUGAGAUCCAAGAGACGUUGUGGCAUUACUACUACGACGUCGAGAAAUCCGUUGCGUAUCUCAAGAAUCUUAAAAAGCCAAAGUCUGUUCAGAAGGCUAAAGCGACUUCCAAUAAAUCAUCGUCAGUCAGCUACCCUCAUACCAAUCCGUUGCAACCGCCUCUACGCGCUCAUCAGGGUGUGGACUCCUCUUUAGCGAUGAUGGAAUCUGUACGUUCACAGGUUGCUAUCGAUUUCUUUGCAGAUGUCCCAUGGGGUCGUGUUCCAGCUUCUAGAAUCGGAAACAUGAUUCAUUUCAGUUCCCUUCCUCCUGAGGCCACUGGACUUCUUGGCGGAUCAUCAAAACUGGCUGCGCUUGCUGCCGCUCGCAAAAAGAAGGAGGCGGAGAAAGCCUCUUCAGCUGCAUCGAUCAUUUUAGAUGCCGAUGUCCAUCGCUCGAUAGGACUUCUGGAUCGGCUAGGGAAAGACAAAUCAACUGUAUCGAGCAAUGUCAAUCAACCUAGGCCAAAGGUUUUCCCAACUCGAAGAAAACCAAGUCCAGAACCUGUGGUAUGCGAACCUCCGAAAGAGGCAGCGGACUCACCGAUUUUACCGAAAGUAGAUAUGAGAGCAAGGCCAUCUGUAUUCGCUUUAACACUUUUGGGAGCUCAGCCGGAACCGCAAGGAGGCGUAGCAUUAGAGACAACGAAUCCGGAGAAAUCGUCUGUUAAUCAAAAGCCGAAGUACUUCAAACUUCCUUAUCUGCUGGAUCCAAACUAUCGCGAUCCGUUCUCGAAGCCUAGUCCAGACGAUGUUAUCUUACGAGCUCAGAGUGCGAGUAGUCGCGUCUAGGAUGAUUGUAUCGACGAAACGCUUGCCAGUGUUGCGAGGAUUCAACUGAACGGAAUCAGGGCACAACUGCAAUAGAAGACAAUGUAUGAGCAAUCGACUGACGUGAUUGUACAGGUGGAAAGAAAUCAUCCCCCAAAGCAAAACCUGUGUCGGAUGUUAAUGGCGUUUCAAAGGAUGUAUCGGCAUUGAAACUCAACGAUGCCCCCAAGCCCAAAUCAAAAAAUCUGAAUGUGUUGGACGAGUAUAAAAAAUCGAGCAUGAAGAAUGCAGCCAGCUUUGUGGUGGUUGGACAUGUCGACCAUGGUAAAAGUACCCUUAUGGGCCGCCUGCUGUAUGACUUAGGCGUAGUCGAUGAGAAGCACAUCGAAAAGCUACGGCGAGAUUCAAAGAAGAUUGGAAAAGCGUCAUUUGCUCUAGCCUGGGUUAUGGACGCCACAAGCGACGAGAGAGAGCGCGGUGUGACAGUGGAUAUUGCAACGAAUUACUUCGAAACCGGAAAGACCCGAUUCACGAUUCUAGAUGCUCCAGGGCAUCAAGACUUUAUUCCAAACAUGAUCGCUGGCGCAAGUCAAGCGGAUUUUGCGGUACUCGUCAUUGAUUCCAGCACAAACAGUUUUGAGUCUGGUUUGCGAGGACAAACUAAAGAGCACGCACUACUCGUGCGUAGUAUGGGAGUUCAGCGACUCAUCGUUGCAGUAAAUAAGAUGGACAUGUGCAACUGGUCAGAGGAGCGCUUCAACGAGAUCAAGACGAAAAUGACAAGUUUCCUGACUACAGCAAACUUCUCGGCGAAAUCGCUGAGCUUUGUUCCAUGUUCUGGACUUAAUGGAGAGAACAUUACAAAACCACCGGAGCUGCCAGAGGCGGCAUGGUACAAGGGCUCUACACUGGUCGAAGAGCUCGACAAUGCAGAACCUGCUCGAAGAGCACUUGACAAGCCGUUGCGAAUGACGAUCAGCGAAAUUUUCCGGAGCUCCAUAAACAACCCAAUUUCAGUGUCUGGAAAACUCGACUCGGGCAGCCUGCAAGUUGGUGAUGCUCUCAUCAUUCAGCCGUCGGGAGAGACCGCGUAUAUAAAGUCCUUGGAAGCAGAUGGUACACCCUCAGAUUGGGCAGUGGCCGGACAAAUAGCUGUUCUGAAUCUGACUGACAUUGACCCGAUUCAUAUCCGCGUCGGUGACAUUGCGUCUCACCCUCAGUCACCGGUUAAGAACGUGAAAAGCUUUACUGCAAAAAUUCUAACCUUUGAACACGUGAUGCCAAUGUACGUCGACGUCCACCGUGGUGCACUUCAUCAAGCUGGUCGGAUUGAGAAGUUGGUAGCGCUGCUAGACAAGGCAAAUGGUGAGGUAACGAGGAAAAAACCGAAGGUGGUGCAGCCUGGUCAAGUUGCGAGAGUCGUCAUCGCUUUGGAGAACGAAUUGCCUCUGGAAGCCCCCGCAAAGAUCAUCUUGAGAAGCGAGGGGUCCACUGUUGCAGCAGGAAUGGUAGAAUAACAACCCCCGUUAUUCGAGCAAGUAAAAUAGUUGAAAAUGGUCACUGCCCACAAUAAAUACGCCCUCCAAAGUCUUGAAGUGAUGUGGACUUUACGCAUUCCUAGUUGGCUUUUAAUUGCAAC